GAAUGAAGAAAUGGAGAACUAGUUUGACCGGGACUGACUUUAAAGCGAAAGAAAAAAUAAAUAAUAAAAGUCAGGCGUUACCGGCGGACUACUAAGUUCAGGUGUUUUAUCGUUUAUGUCAGCGAAAAGCAGCGUUUUUGUUUGUUUGUUUUGAAGAAGUUUCCUUUAGCUUUAAGUGACCAAUUGUUGCGGAGACAUUUCGGUGUCCCAGUUUGGAGGAAGGCUGCGGCAGGACAGACGCACACAUCUGUAAUAACACACACACACGCGCGCGCGCACGCGCGCGCGCACGCACGCACACGCACACACACUCCGAUACAGCAGCACAAGCUGCGCUGCGCCCGUCACCAUGCCUGUGCGACAGAAAGAUGCCCAGCGGGCCCUGGAGCUGCUCCAGCAGUACCGGGUCAAACUGAACCAGAGACAGCAGAACCAGAGUCGGAGCAAACAGGGUUCUGCAGAGGAGGACCGUCAGCUGACGCAGUCUUUGGACCGAGUCAUCAACGUCUUCCAAAGUCAACUCUUCAGCGCUCUUCUUGAUAUACAGGAGUUCUACGAGGUGACAAUCCUGCAGGACACUCAAUGUUCUGAGAAACUUCCAGCUCCAGCAGAACAAUCACCAGUAAGUCCUUCGAGUCCCUCUGCCUCUGGAGAACCAUCCAAACCUAGCAAGACCAAGUCUAUCAAAUCCACCUCCCUACCUAACCAAGAUGGAGCGCCUACAAAAGCAUCAUCUUCUCCUACAAGACAGCCCAGCAUACCACAGUCUCACCCCGCCAAAGUAAAGUACCGUGCUUCUCCUCCACCAGUCCAACCAGAAAGCUCUAAGUCUGCAGAGCUGGUUAUUUCCAAACCCUCUUCACCCUCUGCUGCCUCGCCUUCCAGUGUUACUGUCAGCAGUGUGGAAACUCCCAGUGUUCCCACUAAACCAUCUCAAAAUGAAACCAACUCGCAUGCCACUGACGCAAAGUCACAGAGUACAACAAACCCAAAAAACCCAGGUGCCUCUAAAGACCUGAAUCUGGUGACUGUCUCUGCGCUCGUCUCCAGCACCAUCCAGGGUCUUGUGUCACCAACCACUCCAGAUAAAGCUACUCCUACUAGCAUCACUCCAAAAAUCAGUCCCAGUCUAAAUACAGGCUCGGGAGCUGGUGUUUUUGCAGCUGCUUCCAUCAAUAAAGAUCCAGGAACGAGCGUCAUCAAUGCAAGUAAAAGUCCAACGAGCCCCAGUCAUAGAAAAUUCUCAUUCGAGAGCAAAAGUCCAACAAGUCCUUCAGCAAAGCAAAGCAAAGGACUUCCUCUUAGUCCAACCAGCCCCGGGCGGGGAAAGGCUACCAGUGAUAGCCCCGACUACGGACCAACCCGCUCCAAGUCGCCCGCAGCCCCACUGGCCACAAACAGGAAGUAUCGAUAUCAAGAAGAGGAAGGGGCUUCAACAGGUGCCCCAAGACUCCACCAUCACACCUGCCAUCAGCAUCCAAUGGGAAUAGCUGGAGAGAUAACGGAUGGAGAGACCCUGGGGAGGGAUGGAGGGACCCUGAGGAGGGAUGGAGGGACACUGGGGAGGGAUGGAGGGACACUGGGGAGGGAUGGAGGGACACUGGGGAGGGAUGGAGGGACUCUAGGAAGAAGUGGAGGAACACUCGGGAGGCAGGGAGGGACGCUAGGCAGGGACAGAGGGACUUGGAGGCGAGGUGGAGGCGGCAUCGGGAGCAUGGAGCGAGAACGGGACCGAUCCCUGGGGAGGGACGGCUCCCUCGGUCACCACGGUGACCUGCGUGGGGCGGAGCUGGUGCAGGUGGCGGAGCGGCAGCUUUCCCAUAUCCAACAUGUCCAUGGAUACGUCACUCAUACACACAUCGCACCUACUCAGGUAGAAUCACCCGAGGCACCAUUUGAUGAUGAGGUGUGGCCUCACUCAGAAGGCGAGAGGCUGAAUGAAGUUCCAGCUCCGCCUUUCUCUUCCCUGUAUUCACAAAGCCACUCCUACUAUCAGGCCAACCCCCCUCCAUUGGUGGUCAAUACCGACAGCGUAGACACCCCCCCAUAUGUCAAUGGAACAGAAGCAGACUAUGAGUAUGAGGAAAUCACACUGGAGAGGGGUAACUCAGGACUGGGCUUCAGUAUUGCUGGAGGCACAGAUAACCCCCACAUUGGAGAAGACCCAUCAAUCUUUAUCACCAAAAUCAUCCCGGGGGGAGCUGCAGCCCAAAAUGGACGACUCAGGGUGAAUGACUGCAUAGUCCGGGUGAAUGACACGGACGUGAGAGAGGUGACUCACAGCGGGGCGGUGGAGGCGCUGAAAGAGGCGGGAGGACUGGUCCGGCUCUGCAUACGACGACGGAGGAGCCUCGCUGAGAGGAUCAUGGAUAUUAAGCUGGUCAAAGGGCCAAAAGGUUUAGGGUUCAGCAUAGCAGGCGGUGUUGGAAACCAGCACGUUCCUGGUGACAACAGCAUCUAUGUGACCAAAGUUAUCGAAGGAGGGGCUGCACACAAAGACGGGCGACUACAAAUAGGGGAUAAACUUGUCGCUGUAAAUGCUUCUUGCUUGGAGGAAGUGACUCAUGAAGAGGCAGUUGCGGCACUAAAGUCCACUCCGGACGUCGUGUACCUCCGUGUCUCCAAACACAGCUCCCUUUUCAUUAAUGACAACUUCCCUCCACCCGAUGUCACCAACUCAUAUUCCCCACAUCAGGACAACCACGUUAGUCCGUACAUGAGUGGGAGCCAGUCUGUAAGCCCCGCCCCUCUGACCACGCCCAGAUACUCUCCGCUGCCCAGGAGUCUGACGACAGACGAAGACGUUCCCAGAGAACCCAGGCGAGUGGUUCUGCAGAGAGGAUCCACGGGUCUCGGCUUCAACAUCGUUGGAGGGGAGGACGGUGAGGGGAUCUUCAUCUCCUUCAUCCUGGCUGGAGGUCCAGCCGAUCUAUGUGGCGAGCUCCGAAAAGGAGACCGCAUCCUAUCGGUGAACGGGGUGGACCUGACCAGUGCAACACAUGAGCAGGCAGCUGCAGCUCUAAAGAAUGCUGGACAAACUGUGACUAUUGUAGCUCAGUACAGACCUGAGGAGUACAGUCGAUUCGAGGCUAAGAUCCAUGACCUGAGGGAACAAAUGAUGACCAGCAGCGUCAGCUCCAGCUCCACGUCUCUCCGCUCCACACAGAAACGCACACUUUACAUCAGAGCUUUGUUCGACUACGAUGGAAGUGCUGCAGACCUGAGUGCGCCCAAUCAGGCCCUGCCGUUCGGCUUUGGGGACAUCCUCCAUGUGAGCAGCGCCGGCGAGGAGGAGUGGUGGCCCGCCCGUCACCUAAGCCCCCCGCCCCCAAACUGCCCUGAAGUUGGACUCAUCCCCAGCCGAAGGAGAGCAGAGAAGAAGGAAAGGUCGAGGCUAAAGAUGGUCAGAGUGUCGAGGUCUCAGGACAGAUCGGAUCAAGAGGAUAAAGCGCUGGUAACCUCUGGCACCAGUGAUAGUGAGAGUAGUUCCUCUGGCCAGGAGGAGAUCCUCCUUACAUACCAACCUGUUGUGCAGCAGGAAGUCAAUUACACACGGCCAGUCAUCGUGCUUGGACCAAUGAAAGAUCGGGUCAAUGAUGACCUCAUCUCUGAGUUUCCUGAAAAGUUUGGAUCCUGCGUCCCACACACAACACGGCCACGAAGAGACUACGAGGUGGACGGCAGAGAUUAUCACUUCAUGUCCUCGAGAGAGCUGAUGGAGCGAGAGAUUCAGGAACACAAGUUCAUCGAGGCGGGUCAGUACAACAACCACCUCUACGGGACCAGCAUACAGUCUGUCAGAGAGGUCGCCGACAAGGGGAAGCACUGCAUCCUGGAUGUUUCUGGGAAUGCCAUAAAGCGUCUCCAGAUGGCGGGCCUCUACCCCAUCGCUAUCCUCCUUAGACCGCGAAAUGUCGACAACAUCCUAGAGAUGAACAAACGUUUGACAGAGGAACAGGCGAGGAAGGCCUUCGACAGAGGCAUCAAACUGGAGCAGGAGUUUGCAGAGUACUUCACUGCAAUAGUCCACGGCUCUUCUUUAGAGGAAAUUUACUCGCAGGUGAAGCAAAUCAUCGAGGAGCAGUCGGGUCCUUACAUCUGGAUGACCACCAAGGAGCGACUCUGAACAAACACACACAUGCAAAAUGUCCAUGCACACACAUUACUGUCUCUACACUUCCCACUUGAUUUUAUUUUUUUCUACUAUCAGCCUGCUUCCUCUGUUUUGCAUUGCUGCACGCACGUGUAUUCACACAAGCACACGAUGGCGGCGCGGCGAGGCCGGGACUAUCUGGGACGUUUCCUUUCUGCGGCGGGAGGACCUCGGGUCGGUCCGGCAGCCUCCGGGUGGAUCUUCCUUCAGCUUGGUUCCUUAAUGUUUAAGGAGUUGGUUCAAAUCAAGGCAACUUGUACCAUGAUCUGAUUUGUUUCACUACUGUUCUUCUUAUUGUUGUUGUCGUUGUUGUUUUCAUAUUAACAAAGAGUAAUGCAUUCAUGAAUCGGUUUGUAAUGAUAAUAUUGUCACCAAGAGCCAGACUUUUGCACGCUGUAGCUUUAAGAGCAUGUUUUUGGGACAAAAAUCUUGAUCUAACUCCCUGUCUGUCUUUCUGUCUGUCACUCCACAUGGCAUCGGGUAUUUUUAGUUUCUUUCUGUCUUUUUUUUUUACAUUUCUCAUACCUUCGUAUCCGCAUUUUCUCUUCCUACACUCUAAAAUCCUUAUAUAGGAGGUGAAAAUAUUUAUUGUAAUUCUACCUUCCCCUGCCACGCAUUUCAGCAUCACACUGCAAAAAAACCCCAUAAUCUUACCAGGUAAUUUUGGUUUAGUUUCCAGUGUAAAUAUCUUGGUUCACUUGAAAUAAGACAACAUUAAUUUAUAAGUGACAUAGCAAGACAUAGCAGCUUGUUUAAGUAAAUAAUCCCUUAAUAUUGGUGAAAAAGUUCUAGUUCCACUGGCAGAUUAUUUCACUUGUAACAUAACGCCGUUACCUAGCAACCCCCAGCUAAGCCCAGCCCGUCACCUAGCAACCCAGUUCUAGUUCCACUGGGCGAUUCUUUCAUUUAUAACAUGACAUUUUUCCAAAGCUAUAAGGAUAACAGGACAAAAGUAUUAUACAUGAAAUAAUCUGCCACUGGACCUUGUAGUUUUUCAUCAAUAUUAAGGAAUUAUUUACUAAAAACAAUCUCCUAUAUCUUACUGAAAUUAAGAUAUUUGUACUACUACUUCUAAUUUAGUUUUGUCUUAUUUCAAGUGUACUAAGAAACUCGACAAAAAUACUUAAAGAUUUUGUGUUUGCAAAAACCAAAGUGUUGAGAAGCUACUGUUUAUGGAUGUAGCAUGAAAAAUAUUCAUAACCUCUUUGGAGAUUUUAGGGCCCGAUAACCUUAAUUUCAAAUGUAACAAUUUAUUUCCUUCAUGCAAUAUAGAGAAUUAUAUCAAAGUUUUGUAAGAUAUAUUUGAAGCUUUGGGUUAAUAUUUUUUGCUAAAAUAUUAAUAUGGAAACUAAUUCAAACUAAUUCAUUGCGAAUAUUUCCAGCAGAGGUUUAAUGAGCAAAAACAUGAACGAUGUUUGUUGUAAAAACAGUCGUAAUUUGUGUUUUUGUGGCGCAGCCCUGGUGUUGCUCACUUUACUCCUAUUAUGUUGUCUGUUAUAUAAAAAGUACCAAGAGAAGUUUUAAAUAUAGUUCUUAAAAAUUCUGAAGUACUCUAAAGAGACAGAAAAAGGCAAUUCAAAGCAAAGAUUUGCUGUAUUUGGGAGGUUUUACUCGAUAUUGGAAUAUUGAGAUGGGAAAUUUGUUCUUCUAAAUCAGGGGUGUCCAAAGUGUGGCGCGGGGGCCAUUUGUGGCCCUUCGACUGAUUUUUUUGUGGUCCUCAACAGUAGUUAAAGAAUUAUACAAAUUUGUUUAAACUUUAUUUUAAUCUACUUUAAAAGUUAUUUACAUAAUUUGGAAUGGAAAAUGUUAAGUACUACACAAAGUAUUCAUGUUUUUACAAUGAAGCUUGUGUGAUAAGUAGAACCACGCUGACUUUGGGGCACAAAAUUAGACUUUUAUUUAAUGCAUUAAACUCAACGAAACAUUUUGGAAGUAAACCCAAAUCCUGUUCUUAUAACUGAGAACUAAUUUGUUCAACCAACCGCAAAAGAAUUUAAAAACUAGUUGAUUUAAUACAGCAAAAUUAUUUUUAGUGUUUUGAUAAUAAAAGUAAACAUGAAUUUCCUUCAAUAAGAUAAAUAAAUAAUAAUGUGGACAACUGUAUUUGGUUGAUUAUAGGUUUAUUUUAUUUACUCGACAAAAGGUUUGGAUACCCCUGGGCUGAAGAAUAAAAAUUUAAAGUAAAAACGUUACUAUGUUUUCCACUUGCCAUGCUUGGUCAGUAAAUAUGCAGAGUUGGAAAGAAACUUGAAUAAAACAUAUUGAAAUUGGACUUAAGAGGAAACAUUACCAUUUUUAAAUCAGAUAUCAGAAGAGAUUUCUUUACUUCAUUAUUUUUAAAAAGCAGGAAAACGAUUCUGUCCAAUAAUUCCAGGAUUUCUCCUUUUUCUGGCUUUACCUCAGACUUCCAUAUCUGUCUCCUACGUUCUCCGUGCACUUUGACCCUAAACAGUGUAACGUCUCCUUCAUCUCUAUCAUCAUCAUCAUCAGGACCUCCUUCCCCUCUAAAUGUAGUUGCACUAUCGAGGGCUGAUUUCCUAAAGCAUCUUGUGUGACGCGUCUUUGUGUUAAAGCUUAUGAAGGGACAGAAGAUUUUGGUGAAGGUUUUUAUUUUUACACAUUUUUAGCAAACAAAGAUAUCAGAUGAACAUGGAAGUUUGUCAUGAAAAAACAUUUGACAGAGUAUUGGGGUCAUGCUAAGAAAAUAAUAAAAUUUAAAAAAUUAGGUUGAAAUAAUAUUAAAGUAAAGUUGUAGUAUUAUGAGACAGUUAUAAUAUUAUGACUACACUUGUAAUUUUAUGAGGAAAAUAAGUUAUAUUAAGUUGCAUUAGUAAAGUCAUGCUCUUGAUGUUUAAAUGAGAAUAAAGUCACAAUAAUAUGAAGAUAAAGCAUUAUUUUUAUUUUAUUCUUGUACAACUGUAUUUUGAUAAUAUUGCAACUUAAUUCUUGUAGUUUUAUAAUGGGAAUAAAGUAAAAUCGUUCUAUUAAAGUAAAAAUAAUGAGAAUAAAGUUAAAAUAAUAUAAUAAAGUUGUAAUAUUACGAAAGUAAAGUCAUUAUUACUUUAUUAUUGUUUACUCUUGUAUGACUUUAUUCUCAUAAUUUUAUGACAAGAAUAAAAUUAGUUAUAUUAAUAACUAUAAAGUCGUAUUGAAGUCAAAAUAAAAUGAGAAUGAAGUCUUGAUAUUAUGACUUUAUUCUCAUAUUACUACAAAUUUUUCUCUUAUAAUAAUCAUUUUUUCUUCGUCUGGUCCUAUUACUUUGUCAUAAAUCCACUGUAUGUUUUUUAUUUAGUUUGGAUUUUAAUUUUUUGGGUAACAUUGUACUUUUAUUUUUUAUUUUGACUGUGGCUGUGUGACCUCAGCACUACUUGCUUUGUUUCUCUCCUCUAUAAAUACCAGCUGCAGCUUUAAUUUCACCGUUUCCUCCCUGUCGUCACGGAAACCGAAUCUUCAGCUGCAUCGUGACAGGACGCGUGACGGUAAAACAAUAACCCGAAAUGGGACGAUCAGCUGCUGUUUGAGGACAGAAAUUCAAGAUGCUUUUGAUGACCCAGCCCUUGCUUGUAUGGACCUCGUCAGCCACCGUCUCCCCUUAAUCCACGUUAAUCCCUCAAGGCGACUCCUCCAAGCUGACUGGAGGACGGAGGCGUACGGAGAGGCCCUUCUUUCAGCAUCGGCGCCCUGAAAACGCAGAACAACUUCCAACUUUGACCACAUUUUGAGAACUUUAAUGUUUCCUCUGUUCUUCUGGAUUCAUGUUUCCUCCCUUGUUAAUCCCAGUAGAUUAUUUGUAACCGUCGGCUGAGAGAAUGGGAACCUCCAUACGGCUCUGCCUGCGUGUUUUAGCCCGGGGACUAUGCCACUGUUUGUUAAAGUAAAGCACCGAUGCAAAGAAUCUAUUAAAGAGAUGUAUCUAUAUCUAACAUAAUAUAAUAUUUAUCCCUGCUCUAACUGCCUAUUUUGGUACAAAAAUAAAUAAAAAGCUUUAUUGAGCUUUACUGCAGUCCCUUUAAA